AUGCUGAAGCGCACCAAAUACAGUCGUCUGCGCAACGAUUCGCUGACGUCUCCAGAGGAUCGGCCCCAAAGAAUGCUGCCCCUGAAGAGGGAACUCCGCUUGGACUCAGAUUUUGCCCAGCUGGAUCCUGGGAUGCCGUCACACCACGGACCGUCCACUCUGAAGGACUUCAUCCCCCGUGUGGCCAACAUCCGACUGCAAAGUCCUAUUUCUCUGCGGGGCCUGAGGGGACAGACAAAUACAGCUGGGGACAGAACCACUGAUGGACACACUGACAGACCAUUGUCCAGAACAGAGUGGGGCUCAGGACCUAAUGAGAGAUUUUGUAGCCAACCUUUCCUCAGUGUCCCCCUUUCCACUGGUCAAAGCCUAACUCACUCGGCUCUGCGCUGCACAAAAAGACCCAUCACCCUGCAUCGGAUGGCCAGCCUCCCCUGGACCCCCAGCUGUCCUCCUUGCUCACAGCACAGAGAUGGUCUGUGCUGUUUCAAGACUUCCUCUGCAGCAGAUGACUGUACAGUGCUGGGGACAGCAAAUACAGUGGUUCACCAUCACAUCAAGUACAUGGGCAGCGUGGAGGUGACCCAGUCCAUGAGAACCCUCGACUUUGAUAUGAGAAUGCAAGUCACACGAGAGGCAAUCAGCAGACUGUGUGAGAAGAGAUCAGCCAAGACAACAGUGAAGACGAAAAGGUCUGUAUGUAAGGGGCCAUCUGCUAUUCUGGGUCAAAUCAACCUGCAGUUUUCUGGGAGCAGGAUCAUCCUCACUGUCUCCACAGAGAGUGUGACUCUGAUCGCUGCCUCCUCCUUACAGAAGAUUGCCCACCACCCCAUGCAGGCCAUUUCAUUUGCCUCAGGAGGAGACCCAGAUGUGGUGGAUUACAUCGCUUAUGUUGCAAAGGACUUCACCAAUCAGAGAGCAUGUCACAUCCUGGAGUGUCCCCAGGGUCGGGCCUGCGAGGUUAUCAAUAGCAUCGGUCAGGCCUUUGAGACUCGUUUCCGCCAGCUUCUCAGCCACACGCCAUCGCUCCUCUCCACCAAUCCCAGGUCAGCAGUGCGAAUCUGCCACAACUGGAGCCCAGAGGAGACAAUAACAGACCAACAGUCCAAGCAGGAAAGUGAAGUCAGUGAGCACUGCAACUACUAUAAUGUGAUCCCAGGAAAGACGCCGCCUCCUGGGGGAAUAGAGGACGUCCGCAUCCCGAGGGAGGAGAACAAGCAAGACGCUGACACACAGGGGCUUCAUUUGCCUCGGCCUGUUUCACUGUAUGAGAACUGCUCCAUCACAGAAGAAGCUUCAGCUCCACCUACAGUGGGAUCUGAGGUCAGUGCUGACCAGUGUACUGCUCCUCUCUCUGAGUCACCAAUCCAGGAUCUGAUCCAGGAGGAAGGCUGGUUCCAUGGCAGGUUAGGAAGAAAGCAGGCAGAAUCACUUCUCACCUGUAGUGGGGAUUUCCUGGUCAGAGAGAGCAGCUCUGCCUCCGGUCAGUAUGUACUCAGUGGUAUGGAGGGAGCCACCGUGCGGCACCUACUGCUGGUCGAUCCACAUGGACAGGUGCGGACCCGUGAUCAGGUGUUUCUGAGUGUUGGUCACCUGGUGCGUUUCCACAUGGAGAACCAGAUGCCCAUCAUUUCUGGAAGCAGUGAGCUGCGUCUGAAACAGCCAAUCCUGCAAAGACACUAA